AUUUUUGUUCGUUGCGGUGGCAUUUAUAAUUUAAUCUGACUUGAACCACAGCAGCCAGUAUUCCUUCCACUCACAUCGUUGCAAGUUGGUCGGCUGGAAUAGCUACGGAUGUGUCAGCUGCUGCAAAUUACCAAUUACAUUACCAUCGCAUUCAACAAACGUCGCUCGAGAUAAUUAAUCAGCUGCAGAAUAAUGGAAUCUUUUGAAAUACUGUGUGGUGUUGCUGCCAUACUUCUCGCUAUUUAUUAUUAUUUUACAUCGACUUUCGAUUUUUGGAAAUCACGUGGUAUUCAAGGUCCACAACCGAUACCGGUUUUUGGAAAUUUUAAAGAUAUUAUGCUUAAUAAAAAGGCAGCGGGUAAUUAUUUAAUGGAAAUAUACAACGAGUUCAAAAAUGAACCCAUGAUUGGAAUAUUCGCUAGGAAAACACCCGUUCUUAUUGUAAGAGAUCCAGAAUUCAUUAAGGAUAUUCUUAUCAAAGAUUUUACUAAGUUUGCCGACAGAGGAAUUCCUCUUACUGAAAAAGCUGAUCCACUUUCGAUACAUCUUUUCGCUUUGGAGCCUAAAAGAUGGCGACCUUUAAGAGUAAAGUUGUCGCCCGUUUUUACAUCUGGUAAACUAAAGGAAAUGUUCUCAUUAAUAUCGGAUUGCGCUGAGCAUUUUGAACAAUACAUAGGAACAUUAGUGAACAAAAACGAGCCUAUAGAAUGUCGUGAAUUGACGGCUAAGUAUACGACCGAUGUAAUCGGUACUUGCGCCUUCGGCAUUGAGAUGAACGCUUUGUCGGACGAAGACAGUGAAUUUCGCAGAAUGGGAAGAAUGGUCUUUACACCAACUUGGAGAAAUAUUCUGCGAAUGAGAGUGAGACAAUCUCUGCCAUGGCUCUAUGAAAUGUUCAGUUACUUCUUGCCACAAACGGAGGUCACCAAAUUUUUCACACGUGUCGUCGUAGAAACCAUGAAUUAUAGAGAAAAGAAUCAUAUCAUUAGGAACGAUUUUAUUGACAUGCUGCGCGAAUUGAAAAAUAAUCCAGAUAAAUUAGGCGAUGUCAAGAUAACUGACAACUUGAUAGCCUCUCAAGCAUUCGUAUUUUUUCUUGCUGGCUUUGAAACUUCAUCGACGACCAUGAGUAACGCUCUUUACGAGUUGGCAUUAAAUCAGGAAAUACAAGACAAGUUACGUGAAGAAAUUGAUGAAGUGUACACUAAGCAUGGUAACAAUUUAACAUAUGAGAAUAUAAAAAAGAUGAAUUAUUUGGACAAAGUUUUCAAAGAGACUUUACGAAAAUAUCCGCCCGCCACAAUUCUUAUGAGACAAUCUACAUCAAGUUAUACUUUUGAUGGUAUUACAUUAAAUAUACCAAAAGAUCAAAAGGUAUGGAUUCCAGUUCUCGCGAUUCAUCGAGAUCCGGAUAUUUAUCCGAAGCCAGAUGUUUUCAAUCCAGAAAGAUUUACUGACGAAGCAGUAAAAGCCAGACACGCGAUGCAUUAUUUACCUUUUGGUGAUGGACCAAGAAAUUGCAUAGGUGCCCGCUUCGCUGUUUAUCAGACAAAGAUUGGUCUUAUAAAGAUACUACGAAAUUAUAAAGUCGAAACUUGUGAUAAAACGCAAAUACCUUACGUGAUUGAUCCUAAAGCAUUUUUAUUAGCACCAAAAGAUGGAAUACAUUUGAGAAUAAUUAAAGUUAAUCGGGCUUAGUUUAAGCUCUGAUAUUCCACUCAAGAAGCAAAAGUGAAAAAGAUAAAAAAAUUUAUGAAUUAAAAUAAUAAUAACGAUAUACAAAUAUCAUUGUAUUGUAACAUUUUAUAACGAUAUAAAUUAAUUAACAAUUUGUUUUAAUUAUUUUUAA